GUCAAUCCUCAGUGUGGCCAGCAAGGUUGCUGGUCGUGGCAGCACGACAGACCGGCACGUAUAUAGUCUUUGCUUUUUGUAUAGGAAGAGCAUUUGUAAUUCAUUUUCAUACGGAUUGUUGAGCUUCUCUGUAAGCUACCUCAUAUCGAACUUGUAAUUCGCCUCAGUAGUUUUUUAUUUUAUUUUUUGUAGCAACGAAAACUUUUAUCCGUGCCUCACUCACCUCUUGUUGUUCUCACGUAGCGACUCAGAUUUUUAGGAGGAGCUGCUCAUUUACACGUGAAACAGGUGCAGCUGGCAGAACACAUACACCUGUGUGCACCAAGUUUUACUCGAGAGUAUUCAGAGCGCACUAUUAAGGAAACCACCAUGUCACCAUGGAUUAAACAAGUUUGCCUCGUUCUUGUGGCAGUGUUCAUGUUGCCCAAUAGAACAGAGUCAAAGAAAGAUAAAGCAUUGUACUGUUCAGCCUGUGUGGCAAUAGCAGAGGAACUAAACUAUUCAAUCAGUCAAACUGAUCCAAAAAAGACGAUUCAUGUUGGUGGAUUCAGACUUAAACCCGACGGAAGUCUUACAGACAAAAAGGUUCCUCUUGCUAGGUCCGAAACUCACUUAACUGAACUGCUGGAAGAAGUUUGCAAUAGCAUGAGCGAUUAUGCUCUCUAUGAGGACCCGGACACCAAAGAAAAGAGCUACAAGAGAUUUGCACCCAGAGGAAAUGAUGGCGGGAAUUUUCCGGAUUUCAAAAAUUUUAAGUUUGAUGGACCAGAGAGUUCCAGUGCCUUGAAGUUUGCUUGUGAAAGCAUUGUGGAAGAGUUGGAAGAUGAUAUCAUCUCUCUCUUCGCCAGUGAGACAGACCAUGUGGCUAAGACAUUGUGCAGUGAAGUAUCAGGUCACUGUAAGAGCUCUGUUUUUCAGCACAGUGAACUUUAGUUUCACAUCAGAGUCUGCUGAAGAACACUCAAAAACCUGGACCAAAAUUGGAGACAUCAAAUAUUUUCCUGAAGUAUGCCUGUUUUGAACAUUUUGGUUACUACAAAUUAUGAUGAUAAAAAUGAUUUGAUGUAUUACAAAUAGAUACUGAAAUGAAAAGUGUAUUUUAAAAAAAAAAUGAACGAGUUUCCACUGCUGAGUAGUGGACACACUCUUCCAUUUUGAUUUUUACUUGGAAAUGAUCAUACUACAUUUUUAUACACACACAUACAUAUAUAUAUAUAUAUAUAAGAAAACUGCAGAACUACAUUGAUGUUAAAUUGAUUGCAUUCCAAGGGCAUUUAACUUCAAUGUUUAAUUCCAUUGUCAAUUCUUUUUAACCUCUAUUUAGUUUCAGUGAACUAUAACUAUGGUAUUAUGGUGUAAUUUAUGAUGGGUUCACCCUUGAUGAAAAGAAAUUAAAAUGUUUCAAAUAUA